GUGGCCCAAGUGGACAAAGGCAUUAUUGGCUUGUUGCUUUUGCACCCUCGUUGUUCAAAUGGUCGUGAGAAAGAAGCUUCCUCUGUUCAUUCCCUCCGUGGAUUCAUCAUUCAUGGAGCUUACAUUCUAAGCAGCUCCAUUUUGAAGUUUGGGGGUUUCGUUUGAUCUUCCUCUAGGAUGCAUAAUUCUAAUCAGGACUCGCAAGAUCAGAGGAAUAAUUCCGGCAUGGAGGAUUCCACUGCAAUGACUAUUGAGUUUCUUCGGGCACGGUUGCUGUCCGAGAGGUCUGUUGCAAGAAGUGCAAGACAGAGAGUUGAUGAGCUGGAAAAAAUGGUAGAAGAAAUGGAGGAACAACUUAAGAUUGUAUCUCUUCAAAGAAAAAUGGCUGAGAAAACCACAGCAGAUGUUCUUGCCAUUUUGGAGAACCAAGGGGGAAGUGACAUUUCCGAGGAAUUUGAUUCCAGCUCUGAUCAGGAAACACACCAGGAAUCCAAAGUGGGUAAUAACUUGACAAAUGAAGAAGAAAGCUUUGUAAUUUCGAAGGCGAGAAGAAAUGAACAGGAGGAACUUUCGGGUUCUGAUGCUGAUUCUUGUCUAAUACCUGGUAGAAGCUUGUCUUGGAAAGGGCGCAUUGAAUCUCCACGUUCACGGGAAAAGUAUAAAGAUCUAUCCACAAGAAGACGUAGCAAUUUUUCAUCCAUGGGUUCUAGUUCUCCAAGACAUCACCUUGGAAAAUCCUGCCGCCAGAUAAAACACAAGGAAACAAGAUCAGACAAGUUUGAUUCUCAAGAAAAUGGUGUUUCUGCUUCUUCAGAAGGGCUUUCAAAUGGCCUAUACAGUGGGCAUGAGAAAGUGAGAAAAAGUUCUGAAUUCCGAGAAGGGAAUGAUGCACUCUCAGGGACCAUAGAAAAUCAAAGAAAUAGGGACCUGGAUUUCAGCGGGCAUGGAAGAGACAAAGAUAUGGAAAAAGCACUAGAACAUCAGGCGCAACUUAUUUGUCAAAAUGAAGAGAUGGAGAAGGCUCAAAGAGAAUGGGAAGAGAAGUUUAGAGAAAAUAACACCAGUACACUGGAUUCAUGCGACCCUGGGAACCAUUCAGAUAUCACCGAGGAAAGAGAUGAGAUAAAGGCACAAAAGCCAUCUCCUUCAAGGGUGGCUGCUGCCCAAGCUCAAGAGUCAAAGUCAGCGGCCAAAAUUCAAUCAAACGGUUUUCUACCAGCUUCACAUAUAGAUACGGGAGGGUUGCAGGAUAAGCUGAAUAGAAGCUCUGCUGCUUCCUCACAGGUUCAAGAAUUUGCAUUCCCUACUGCAAAUGGAAAGCAAAAUCAAAAGAGCCCCAAAAAUUAUGCUCGGCACACUUCACAUGGCUCCCACCCUGACCUACUUCUGCAUCAGUUGGCCCACAAACAUACAUCAGAUGCCUCUUCUUCUGAUGCAGGCAAUGGUUUUCAUAAAGGAAAUGCUUCAGGGAGCAGAAACGACCUAUAUGCAUUGGUCCCUCAUGACUCGCAGGAUAAGUUAGGUGGUGUGCUGGAUGCACUUCAACAAGCAAGGCUAUCACUACAACAGACAAUGACUAGAUUGCCGCUAGUAAAUGGUACAUCUCCACAGAAGUCCAUAGAAUCACCUAUUCCCGCUGCAAAAACUGUAGACAGAGUAGAGACUCCUGUUGGGUUUGCUGGGCUUUUCAGACUACCAACUGAUUUUGCAGUUGAAGAAGCUGCGACUCACAAUAGCUACUUUGGUUCUUCUAGCUUACCGUCUGCAACGCAUUUUCCUCAAAUUAGGGUUUCUGCAACUCCUGAUCUCUUUGUCACGAACCCUUAUGUUGAAACUAGACCAACCUUCUCUACCAACACUGAUGAUCGAUUCGUCACCAGUCAAUACAUCGAGCCCAGGCCUACCCUUUCAACUAAUGCUGCUGAUCGAUUCACCACCAGUCACAUUGAGCCCGGGCCGACCUUUUCAAAUAAUGCUGCUGAUCGAUUCGUCACCAGUCAAUACAUUGAGCCCAGACCAACUUUUUCUACUAGUGUUGGUGAUCGGUUUGCCAUCAAUCCUUAUGUUGAGACUAGAUCAAAUUUUCCUGCUAAUGCUGCCGAUCUAUUUCCCAGUACCCCUUACACCGAUACUAGAUCAAAAUUUCCAGCUGAAAACAGAUUUCUGAGUGGGCGUUAUGCAGAAUCUGGAUCAAGAGUUUCUCCUCCGCUGCCACAUCUUGAUCCUUACUUUGAUACGGGUCUUCCCUCGUCGAGAUUUACCAAUCCUCCCUAUCCCAACUAUCCCUCUGUUCCAGACCCGACGCCCUGGAUAACCUCGGGUGAAACAUUAACGAGAGCCCUACCAAGAAGGCCAUUUGGGGCACCAACAGAUGGUUAUUCGUUCUACGAACACAUUCUACCCAGUAUGUACAGGUAGUAGCAUGUAGGUUGCCAUUGCUAGAUAGUCACAGUGAAGCUUAGUGGUGAAUGGUGGUUUUGUAAAUUAUUUGUUGAGGGAGACCGAAUGUACACGAAUUCUGCCACCAUUUGUGCUUCCAUCUUGUUCUGGUUUCUGUUUCCUUUAAUGACUCGUUCAUUCAACAAGCAUAUUUCAACAUGGUCCUGGUUCUCUGGA